GUAACCCCUGCCCAUAAGUAGCUCGGCCCCGUGACGGGAUCGGGGGAUCACAUCCCGCGGCGCCAUGGCAGAGAUGCUGCCCGCCUGGGUGACCAAUGGCACCGCCGAGGGGACUGAGCCCGAAGGGGAUGCAAUCCGGAUGCUCAACACCCUGCAGACCAAUGCCAGCUACCUGGAGCAGGUGAAGCGGGAGCGUGGUGACCCCCAGGCCCAGCUGGAAGCCAUGCAGGGCUUCUUGGAGAGGAGCGGGCUGAAGGUCGAGGACCUGGAUCGAUUGAACAUCAUCCACGUCACGGGGACGAAGGGCAAGGGCUCAGCGUGCGCCUUCACUGAAUGCAUCCUCCGCAACUACGGGCUGAAGACAGGCUUUUACAGCUCCCCUCACCUGGUGCAGGUGCGCGAGCGGAUCCGCAUCAAUGGGCAGCCCAUCAGCAAGGACCUCUUCAACAAGUACUUCUGGCUGGUCUACAACCGCCUGGAGGAGACCAAGGACCCAGCACACGCCAGCAUGCCGGCCUAUUUCCGCUUCCUCACCAUCAUGGCCUUCCACGUCUUCCUGGAGGAGAAGGUGGACCUGGCAGUGGUGGAAGUUGGCAUUGGCGGCACCUAUGACUGCACCAACAUCAUCAGGACACCAGUGGUGUGUGGGGUCUCCUCCCUGGGCAUCGACCACACCAGCAUCCUGGGGGACACCAUUGAGAAGAUCGCCUGGCAGAAGGGGGGCAUUUUUAAGCCCGGUGUCCCAGCAUUCACCGUGGCGCAGCCGGAGCGGCCGCUGGAGGUGCUGAGGGAGCGAGCCCAGGAGCGCAAGUGUCCCCUGUACCUCUGCCCGGAGCUGGAUGACUUUGAGGAGGGCUGCCAGGCGCUGGAGCUGGGGCUGGCGGGUGCCCACCAGCGCUCCAACGCCGCCCUGGCCCUACAGCUGGCACAGACGUGGCUGCAGCGCCGCGGCUGCCAGGGUCUGGGGGAGCUGAAGGAGGUGCCACCAAGCACAGAGCUGCUGGGGGGGCCAGUGCCACUGGCUCCUGCCUUCAGACUGACCGAUGCCAUGAUCCAAGGCCUGCGGGACACAGAGUGGCUGGGCCGGACCCAGGUGCUGUCCCACGGCCCCGUGACCUGGUACCUGGAUGGAGCUCACACCACCAGCAGCAUCCAGGCCUGCGUGCGCUGGUUCCGCCAGGCCGCCCUCAGCCAGGACAAGCCCCAUGAUGGUUCUGAGGUGCGUGUGCUGCUCUUCAAUGCCACAGGUGACCGGGACACGGCGGCGCUGCUCAAGCUGCUGGUGCCCUGUCACUUUGACUAUGCUGUCUUCUGCCCCAACUUCACAGAGGUGUCGGUGGCCAACAACGCAGACCAGCAGAACUUCAACGUGACGCUGGAGAACGCGCUGACGCGCUGCCUGGAGAACCAGCGGACGUGGACGAGGCUCCUGGAGGAGAAAGCGGGGCAGGACCCCUGGCUGCCCUCCCCGCUGCGGGUCGGGGGGCUGCUGCAGCCGGCCCCCGCCCGGGGCUCCCUGCUGCUGGUGCCCCCGGCGCCACGACCCCUCAACUCGCCGGCGCUGGUGUUCCCGUGCCUGGCGCAGGCGCUGCGGUGGGUGGCGCAGGGCCGGGACCCCCAGCUGGCCGCCCCCACGGCCUCGGGGGCUCACCCGCACCCCGCGGCCAGCAGCGGGGCCGUGCUGCUGCGGGAGGCGGCGGCCGUGCGCGUCCUGGUCACCGGCAGCCUGCACCUGGUGGGGGGAGCGCUGCGGCUGCUGGAGCCCGCCCUGUCGCAGUGACGGGCGCCUCUGGUUACAUGAAGCACCAGUGCAGCCCCCGGUGAUGCUCAGAGGCGUCUGGAGGGGGAUGUGGGGCUCCCCCACCCCAUCCUGGCUUGGCUGUUUUCACCCCAGUGCCUUCUGCCCGUGCCCUUCCCGGGACGCUGUCCGUGGGGGGAUGCUCCUGGUCUCCAUCCCCGCCCUAGUCAGACUGACUGGGGGGACCCCCAGGCUUUGGGGGGCUGCCCCAGGCUGUCAUGAGCUCCAGUGCCUGGUAGGUGGGAGCCUCACGCUCAAGUGGCAAGGCUCAGCGUCAGGGCACAAUUAAUUUAAUAUAGGGAAGGUUUUUAUUAUUAUUGAUAAGAGUUUGUAACUUGGACGGGGAGCUGGGGGGAGUGGUGGGUUCUGCCCAUCGUCCUGUGGGAGGGCAGCAGCGUUGCACCAUCCUCCACAAAUAAACCUCUUGCUGCUCCCA